AUGGCGACCUCGAACGACGUCGACCUGCGCCCUUCCAACGGCGCCAACAAUCACGACCAUGUCCUGCGUCCCCGCCCGCGCAAGCCCCAGCACUCCCAGAUAUCUGGCCUCGUCAAGGAGCUCAGCUCUACGGCCUCGUCGCAGCUCACGGCAGAAGAUCCAGCCUCGGGCCUUACUAGUGGUCGAUCGACGCCGAUACCAGAAAACGCCCCCGAGUCCACGAAAGCAAUCUCGUCUGCGCGCAAGCAGGUUCGCGCAGAGCGGCGAGGCCGCAUCUUCCCAACGAUCGAGUACGCCUCGCGCGUGUCGCACUUUGAUCCCGAAUCCGACUACCGCGACUUCCAUGGCUUCUUCAACCUCUUCUGGAUCGGCCUCGCCAUCAUGGCCACCACGACCAUGCUGCGCAACUACAAGGACACGGGGAGCCUCCUGCGCAUACAGAUCUGGCAGCUCUUUCCCAUAAAGCUCUGGCACCUCGCCAUUGCCGACUUCCUCAUGGUCGCUAGCACCGCCAUCAGCCUGCCCCUCCACAACUUCACUCGUCGCAGCUCCAGCACGAGCGCCUGGACCUGGAACAAGGCUGGUAUGGCGUUUCAGAGCAUCUACCAAGUUGCCUGGCUCGCGCUGUGGGUCGCUCUGCCAUUUAUACUCGAGUGGACAUGGACGGCGCAGGUCUUCUUCCUCCUGCACACCAUGGUCCUGCUCAUGAAGAUGCACUCGUACGCCUUCUACAUUGGUCACCUCUCCGAGACGGAGAAGCGCCUACAUGCCCUCGACAACCCAAAGAGCCCUGCGGCAUCCAAGGCUCCGGCGUAUAAUUACCCCACCGCCGAGAAUCCGCAGGGCGGGCACCCCCACGCCGACCUCGAUAUCGACACCGACAGUGACGAGGGUGAGGGCCUUGCGCAGCUCCGCGAGGAUCUGGCGCGCGAACUUACGAGCCCGAUCGGCAAUGUCACUUACCCACAGAACCUGACGUGGUCCAACUAUAUUGACUACCUGCUCUGCCCGACGCUCUGCUACGAGCUCGAAUACCCACGCGCCAAGUCGAUCAACUGGACGUCGCUCAUCGCCAAGAUUGUCGCGACGUUUGGCUGCAUCUUCUUGUUGACCAUCAUCUCCGAAGAGUUCAUCCUGCCGGUUUUGCAAGACUCAAACCUGCGCCUGCAGGCAAAGCCUUCUGCCGGAGAGACGCUACUGAUCCUCGCCGAGUCUAUUUCCUGGCUCCUCUUUCCGUUUAUGCUCACCUUCCUCCUCGUGUUCUUGGUCAUCUUUGAGUACGUCCUUGGUGCUUUUGCUGAGAUCACGCGUUUCGGCGAUCGCCACUUCUACAGCGACUGGUGGAAUAGCACCGACUGGAUGGAGUUCAGCCGCGAGUGGAACGUGCCCGUUUACAGGUUCCUGCGGCGGCACGUGUACCAUACAUCGCGGCCGAAGAUCGGGCGCAACAUGGCGACUCUGAUCACGUUCCUCAUCUCGGCGUUUGGCCACGAGAUUGUCAUGGCCUGCAUCACCAAGAAGUUGAGAGGUUACGGCUUCAUCUGCCAGAUGCUGCAGCUGCCCAUCGUCAUGCUCCAGAACACUCGUUUUGUCAGGAAGCACAAGACGGCCAAUAAUGUGCUGUUCUGGUGCAGCAUGAUUUUGGGUCUGAGUCUGAUCUGCUCGUUGUACGUCCUCGUCUAG